GCAAUAUGCCCACGCUUUGUUAAGCAACAGUGUAGUAAGACAGAACAAAACUGCUUGUUGUCACACACUCCUACAGCAAAUAAUAUGCCGCAUUGUUUGUACUUUCAGCGAGGACGAUGCAAAAAUGAAAGCUGCAUUUUCCCUCAUGUCAGUGUAAGUCCUGACGCUCCUGUGUGCAAGCUUUUUGCAUUGGAAGGAUACUGUCCCAAAGGAUUGGAAUGCCAUUCCAAGCAUGUACAUGUGUGUCCUGAAUUUGCCGAGACAGCAAAGUGCUCAAAUGCAAACUGCCGUCUACCUCAUGUGGCCCAAAGUACUUCCAAAGAUAAGCAUGCA